CUGGGACUAAACAAGUGUGUUCUCUGACUGUGGGGAUUGGAUGUAACGGCUGAGAUAGUGCUCAAGUUUUUUUCCACUGCAGAAUCAGAUAUCUCUUGGCCUUCAGGCUCUGAUUUUAUCAGGCCUGCAGUAAGGGUCACUGCUGAGACGUAGUGCUGGAAGACUCGCUGCAGAUUCUCAAUCUUAGACGAAGGCAUCCUGACAGUUUAGAACACUAAUGUGGUGUGAAGGAGGUUCUUCCAUUACAGUUGCAUCCUGGACUACGGUACUGCCUGCAGGUUUCACGUUCCAGAAUUAUUUUAUGUGGAGGAGCUGGUUUCACCAGAGCUACCAGAACCUUUACAACAAAGUCCAUAAUUCUCAUCCACAAUCACAAUGAGAGUCUCACACUCCCAACUGGGCUUGAACUCUAUGAAUCCUGCUGUUCUAACGCCAAAGACGUUUGGACAAGGCACCGCACCAGCUAAUGGACUUGUAAUGAGCGAUGCUGGAAAGAGGACUGCACAACCUUUGAAACCCAGCAGGAGCUACACCAAAGCUGGCUCCUUAAGCCACCAGAUUGCACAGCCUUGCUAUCGAUCUUGCAUCCAUAUUGUGUUGUCCCUGAAGUACAUGAGUUCGGUUGUGUUUUUGGACAAGUCACUCACAAUUUCACUCAAGGAACUCGAGGGAAGACGAGCCAUUCGGCCCAUUCUGUACACAUCCACUUUGUCCAUUUGCCUUGGCGUUUCAUCUAGGCGAACACGUUCUACUGGUAACAAACCAGCCAAAACAGAUGUUGCCAUGUUGGACGGUGACAAAUACAGUCAAUCGGCAUCCUCAGGUCAAAGCAGAGGCUAUCUGUCAAAGCAACGGGACCGCAAGGUCGAUCCAGUAGGAUCCAUUCAUGGUGUAAACAGCAAGGCCGACGAUUCAGAAACACAGCGCCACAGUGCCACUUUGGGAUUAUUGUCAUUCAGAGCGCCAAGGCCCUCAAACACAAAAGCUGUAAAGCAGAAGGGGAAUGCAGAUGAAGCUGCCUUCACUACUCUGAGCAAUUUCAGGCACAGACGGCACAGUUUCAACGUUGGCCCAGUGGACUCCAGAUUGUGGCACAGGCAAACAAAGAGUGACAAAAUAGAAUGGCGAGAAGCGGUCUGCCGGUCACAAAGCCUCAAACAUCAUCAUGUUUAUGUGAGGAGACCUGUUUUUAUCAUUCCAGACGAAAGGCUGAAUCAUGGAAGGCACAACCAGGACGCUCAGCCUCAAAAUAUAACCCUGCCUUCCCAGGAAGCUUUAGAGCUCCUCAGACCGGACUUCAUCAGUCGAUCCCAGGAGCGGUUGAGGAGGCUGGAGCAGUGUGUCAAGAGAAGGAAAAGCUCUGCAGGACUUCAACCCAGAUCUGGUCCAGGGCCUCAGGGAAGAUCGAGGCAAACCAAAGACGAACUGCACCACACCAGAUCCAAUCAGCAGUAG